UUGUACUAUUUUGAAUGCGCUUUCUUCUGUUUUAGAUGAUAUCUGAUAGUGAAGAUGAGUUUUUCAAGUCACUGGACAUUGACAACAUUUCUAAUACAGUAGUUAAUAAUGCAAUAUAUCAGACGGACAUUAGCAUGGUCGCUGAAAAUGACGCAGAGUAUGAACAAAAUGUUAUAAACUACUACAUUGCAACUUCUGAUUUAAGAUCCGUUGACAGUGAAGUACAUCCAACAAAUAAAAGCACGGUGGAUGAAAAGGCAACGGCUAUUGAUAACGCAGCAGCUAUGGUAGACAACAGUAAGGUAGUUGAAAUAGCGGAGGGACUGAUAGACAGUAUUUUUGUUGAAAACGCCACAGAAAACGCUGCAGAUCAGACGGACUAUAGCAUGGUCAUAGAAAUUGAAGCAGAUUAUGAUCAAAGUAUUAUAAAUUAUUAUAUUAAGACUCAAAAUGCAAAAGAUAAGUGUUCUGUCGAUGAAAAUGCAGAAUAUCUGACGGAUAAUAGCGCGAUUAUUGAAAACGAAGCAGACUAUCAGGAAAGAGUUAUAAGUUACUAUAUUGCCACCCAAGGUACUGAUUGUGACAAAAAUGUCAUAAAUGUUGCAUCGAGAAAGCAAUGUAAUGACGGUGACAUGUGCAGAGGCCAAUCACCUAAACCCAAACGAAAAAAUUGGCGCAAAAAGCCUACUCGUAAAAAACUUAGGUAUAUUGACAAUGAAAAUACUACAGGAAGAAAGGACAACGUUGAUAGUGGAAGUGAAAGCGAAAAUAUUCCUCUCAGCCAUUUUGUUCGACUUGGAAAAAGAAAGUCGUAUGAAAAGGAUAGCUCUGAAAGUGACAGUGGGUUAGAUAAAACAUAUCAUCCUUCAUCCAAAGAUCUGAAUUCCACCGAUUCCGAAUAUAUGUCAGAUGCAUCGGAAAAAACAAAAAGAGACCGUAAUCGAAAGAAGAAAACUAAAAAACUAAUUGAAAAUGCACUUAAGAAAGCUCGUAAGCGUCCUAAAAUGCAACCACAACAACAAAAUAAAGUCAUUAAAAGAAUGAAAUCAACAACACCCUCCAUCUACAAAAGAAAUAAAAGAUCAGACAUUUCAGAAAUGUAUGCAGCAGUAAAUGCAAGUAUAAAGGAAAAUCUUAUACAAAACGCAAGGAUCAGGGUAGCUGAAAGAACAAUAGAUAAACUUCUCACAAAGAGUUCUCUAACACGGGUCAAAGUACCAGGCCAUGGUAAUUGCUUCUUUGAAGCUUCAAUAAAAUCAAGUGGAUCAAAUAAAACCGCGGAGGAAUUAAGGGAGCUAUUAUGUGAACAUCUUGAGGAAAAAUCUGAGGAUUAUGCCUGCUUUCUACUCAAUAAGCACAAACCUGAUGAUGACGAAGUCUUUCUGAAUGAAUAUCUAAAUGAGGUAGAAAAUCUUAAACGUGAUGGAUAUUGGUCAAACAGAGUGGCUGAUUUUUUGCCACUAUCUUUAGCAAAUUUUGAGAAGAAAUGUGUCAUCAUUUAUACAAACAAAGAGGAGCAACACAUCAUUAAGAUACAACCAAAUCUUGUAGAACCAGCGCCAAGUGAUGUCAUUAACCUGGCAUAUAUCUCUAUUCCAGGACUUAUAGAACACUAUGACGCAUGUACGGUUGACAAUAACAUUGAUACACAGAACCAGUCUGUAAAUGGAGAGAAUGCAAAUGAACAUAAUAUUGACAAGCUGGUUGCUACACCAUUAAACAAAAAUGUAAAUGGUACUCCAAGAAAGUCUACACCAUUAAACGAAAAUGUCAAUGCUACUCCAAGAAAGUCUACACCAUUAAACUAAAAUAUAAAUGCUACUCCGAGAAAGCCUGCAAAUUACAACACUCCCGUGAAAAGGCAUUUAGUAAGAAAACGAAAGGCUACACCAGAGAACUGGAAACGAAAUAUAAAGAAAAAACUACGAUUAAGUGGAAAACAGUAUAUCUCAAAGUCAGGAAAAGUUGUACCUGAAAAGACAGUAAAAGAUGUUGACUGUGCUGAGUGCAAAUAUAAGUGUGAUGAAAAAUUUUCAAAAGAACGAAGGAAUCAAUUGUUUCAGUUUUAUUGGUCAUUGGCAAAUUAUGAAAGACAAAAAGACUUUGUGUGUACCAACAUAUCCACCAAAUCAACAAAGUCAGUUCUUGAUGAAAAUGGACAAGUUGUGCCAAAGAAACAAAAAGUGAGAAACAAAUUUUUCUUUGAGCUGAAUGGAGAAAAAGAACAAGUAUGUAAAGAUUUCUUUUUGUCAACACUGGCCAUUUCAGAAUCAUUCAUGUAUCAUGCAUUGCAUAAUAAAGAGGAGGGACAUUUUUGUGGUACAGAAAGAAGGGGAAAAAGUACUCCGCCAAAUAAAAUUAGUGAUGAAAGAAUAGAAUUUGUAAAAGAACACAUCAAGUCUUUUCCACGCGUUCCGGGACAUUACACACGUAAAGAUUCAAAUAGAGAAUACCUUGGUGCUGAUCUGAAUAUUACAAGAAUGUAUGACCUUUACAAACAAAAGUGUGCAGAAUGUAAAUAUGAACCUGUGAAGAGUCAAAUGUACAGAAAAAUAUUCAAUGAAGAAUUCAAUAUUUCAUUUCAUAUUCCAAAAAAGGAUAAAUGCAAUGUGUGCUCAAAGUACGAGAUGGCAGAAAGUGAUGGCACACUUACUGAAAAUAUGAAACACAAUUACAAUCUCCACCAAAAAAGAAAGGCUAUAGCCAGAGAAGAAAAGGACAGAGACAAACAAGAGUCCAAACACCAACCAAAACUUCAUGUUUGUGCAUUUGAUUUACAGGCAGUGUUGUACACACCUUGCUCAUUAGUAAGUGUGAUGUACUAUAUGAGAAAGUUAUGCGUGUAUAACUUAUCUGUAUAUUCUUUAAAAAAACGGGGACGGAUCUUGUUAUUUGUGGACAGAAACAAACGGCAUGCGAGGAUCAAGUGAAAUCGCAACCUGCUUACGACUGUAUUUGCUCGCAUUGCCAACACAAGUGGAACAUGUCAUAUUAUAUUCUGAUGCAUAUACAGGCCAAAAUAGAAAUCAGAUCAUGGCCUCAGCACUCCUUCAUUUCGUCACACACAAUAGAAACAUAAAAACAAUCGAUCACAAAUUCCUGGAGAGUGGGCACACUCAGAAUGAAUGUGACAGUGUUCAUUCAGCUGUCGAGUUUGCUAAGAAAAAACCUAAAAUAUAUGUUCCGAGUCAGUGGGACACCGUUAUAACUAUGGCGAGACGACGAGAUCCAUACCAUGUAGUUCCACUUAGAUACUCAGAUUUUCUUGAUUACAAAGAUGUAAAGAAGAACCAAAUUAAGGUCCAGACUAACGCUCGAGUAAAGGUGUCAUGGAUUCAGAUUCGACACAUGCGUUUUGUGAAAGACUUACCCGAUACUAUGCUGUUCAAGAACGAUCUUAGGGAUGAUUUUACAGCUAUAAAGAUCGCAAGGGACGUCAAACUCAACGAGGUUGUACCCAACAAAUACAGACAGAAACUCCCUGUCUCUGCAGCUAAGAAGAAAGACUUAAUGACAUUGUGUAAGAAUGGAGCAAUUCCUAAAGAUUAUCAUGAGUAUUACAAAAACUUACCAUCAAGUGCCACAGUGAAGGAUAGAUUACCAGAGUCAGAUGUAGAGGAAUCUGAUGGUGAUCAAUCAGACAACUAACCGAACAUCAAUGGUUGCUUAACUAUUGUAUAUAAACGUAUUGACUGCAGAAGCGAUUCAUAAACCUAAAGAUUAUAAUUAAGAUCUAGUCAUAAUUUUAAAAGACUAUGAAAUUUAGUGAUAAAUGACAAUCUUUUGAGCAUGAAGUGAAAAGGGAACUAAACGUUGCACAAGAUUUGAUGUCAAAAUAAUUCUAUGUCUAUUAAGAAAUGUAAAUCUCAAAGCAAGGAACAUUGUGAUAGUUUUUGAGUUUGAUGGUAUAUGAGAACUGGUUUAAUGACACGGAAUCUAGGAUUAGAUUUUGUUGGAACAGUAUGGUUUGAUGCCAUAUGAAGACUCUAUAAGACUAAAUAACCUAAUGUUCUUUGUCAGUAUGACACCAAAAUAUGCUACAACAACUGUAUAUGUCUUUGAGCAGACAUAUAUUUUAAUAAAUAACAUAAACAGAGUGGUGUUAUAACUUUGUUAUACUUAUAAUCAUUGAUACACAAUAAUUUCGUUUAAUGUGUAAAAUAGUUCGUAAAAGACGUUGUUAUACACAUUUUAAAAUAUACUGUUGUCUCGAAAUGUUUGGUGGAAAAAACAAGUAUUUUGAUAUAACCUUAUUAUUUUAGUCAAAAUAUGCUAUUGACUAUCAAAAAAGUUUAUGCUACAACAGAGCAAAUCCAGUCACAUGUUUUUUGUUUGAGUAGACAUUGCGCUUUUUGA